CCUCGCUACAUAUCAGCAUCAAAAUUUGGCACACCUCUUAGUUCACAUUUCUCACGUGAAGUAAAAGACUUUACAUAGGCCUAUAUUGUAAAUAAAAAUAAACAUCAAAAGUUUGUUUCAUCCAAAUUGAAACAAUUGCACAUAUUUUUUGUUUGAAUAUCAGCAACUAAUUCACUUGUUUGACUUGUUCAAAUCAAUAAUUGUCUUCUUUUCAGUGUCACCAAGUCAACAUUAAUUCUUGAUUGAAUCGUGUAAUGCAGGCGAGACCUGUCAGGGGGCGUUCCUCUUAUUAAUUAUUUGUACAAAAAUGUUUGCUUUUUCAGAUCACAGCAGUUCAUUCGAUGGCGCUUUGAUUUAUCUGUCAGUAUUAGCUUUUGAUCUUUAAUAUGAUUCAUAGCUAAUGUAAACAUGGUAAAACAGAGAUAACUCAUUUCAAGAGGCCUUCACAUAAUGAAGAGGUUGGACAUACAUACACUAUGGAAUAGCUCUUUUGUUGAUUCAUCGCUAUCAUAAAUUGAAUCUACACCAGGGGGCCGUUUCAUAAAGCUGUUUGUAAGUUAAGAGCGACGUUAAGAACAACUGGUGAUCCUUUCUUACGCGCUAAACCAUCUCCAAUGAAUAUACCAUUUACCACAAUAAAGGAUCACCAGUCGUAGCAAAUAAGAUAUCUUGAGAGGGGUGGGGCAAAAUGAGUUAAAAGUGACAAUCCUUUCUCUUUAAAGGGGAAUGAAACAUUUGGAAUAAUUAGGCUUGUGUCGAAACAGAAAAAUAAAAGAAUAAGAACAAAGAAAGUUUGAGAAAAAUCGGACAAAUAAUGAGAAACUUAUGAGCAUUUGAAUAUUGCAAUCACUAAUGCUAUGGAGAUCCUCCCAUUGGCAAUGCGACAAGGAUGUGUGAUGUCACAUGUGAACUACUUUCCCUUUGAUGGACUAUAAAAUACCCUCAAAAUGUCUCUUUCUGCUUUUUCUUGUGGUGAUACAAACUCUUUAUCCAUGAUGUAUUCUUUAAAAAUCUGUAUUACAUGCCCUCCUAUAUAAAAAGAACACAUGAUCUACUGAUAGAUGUGAUAAAAGAGGCAAUUUAAGUGAAAUAUAUACUAAAGUAAUGGGGAGAGUUGUUCACAAGUGACAUCACACAUCUUUGUCGCAUUGCCAAUUUGAGGAUCUCCAUAGCAUUAGUGAUCGCAAUAUUCAAAUGCUCAUAACUUUCUCAUUAUUUGUCCGAUUUUUCUCAAACUUUCGUUGAUCUGUUUCUUUGAUUUUUUUUUCCACACAAGCUAUCGUGUUCCAAAGGUUUCAUUCUCCUUUAAUGAAAAUAUCUAUAGAGUCUAAACCUACCUUCUUGUCCGUUUCUUUUUUCUUUCUUUCUCUCUCUCUUUAUUUAUUUCUUUUGUUCUUUCUUUCUUUCCUUCCUUUCUUCUCCUCCUCCUCCCUCUUCUUCUUCUUUUUCUUCUCCUCCUCCUCCUUCUUCUGUAUUCCAUUUCCUUACUCCCCCUUUAAUUUCUUUAUUUCUUUCCCUACCUGAAAAUCAUAAAAUUGAAAAAUUACAAGAAUAAAAUUAUAUGCAGUUAAAUGAUAAACCUCUUAGACUAACAGAGAGGAGGAGGAGACUUGCAAAACAUGUCUCAAGAAUUAUUAUGUUCUUGAAAAUGCAAUAUCCUGGUAACCUAAUGGAAGACGGAAAAGCUCGAGGCUGUCCCAAGCAUCCGUGGCAACAGACUUUCUUCAAAGACUUAGAGUUGACCCAUAUCUUUAUACCAAUCUCUUGGAGGUUAAAGCGGUCACAGAUAAUGAUAGCUUGUUACCUAUAAAUGCACUACACAGGAGGGACUAAGUGAGCUAAACAAUCAUCAGACAUCACAUCAUGGCAUCAAGAUUUCCAGAAGGAAACCAAGUUCAACUCCGACCAAGAAAAGGUCAUGACAUGAAAUGGUCAUGUGACAAGCAUGGUGAGCCAAUCAAAUUUUACUGUAAGAAACACAAAAUUCCUAUAUGUCAUCCAUGCGCUACCAAAGAUCACAGUCAGAAACCAUGUGAGCUAGACGACAUCGAGGAUGUCAUCUUCGAAAGGAGGAGACAGCUAGAUGAAAAACGGCCAAAAGUUCAAGAACUUCAGAAACAAUUGGACGCCCUCAACACGAAAAUAAAGACUGUGUCAACGUCUGGAAGUACUCAUCUUCGGACAAUUAACAACAACAUUCAAGAUUCAUAUCACGACAAGAUCGAUUCUGUUGGAGAAAAGGAGAACAGGAUGAUUAGGGUUAUUAACGAGGAGGCAGAUGAGGAAAUAAGACUCGUAAAUGAGAAGAGAGAAAAACGGAUCAAGGAUUGCAACAUCGAGAGAGAAAAUGAGCGACAAAUCAUCAAAGACAAAGAAGCAAAACUUCUAGCAGAUGCAAAGAAAAUCAGCGAAGUUGUUUCUAAGAAGAUCAAAGAUCUUGCUAAUAAGAAUCAGCAUGUAAUAAACACUGUAAAGAACAUUGAAUCAACCAUCAAACGUAUAAACCAACAUGAUAAAACAUUGGUGAAUGAAGCUCCUCAAGUACUUGCAUCUAUUGAUGAAAAUUUAAGUUUGAUUGUUCAUCAAGAUGUUAGCGAUUGUCUUGACCGAAUACAGAAUGAAGUUGAGAGAAUGAAGUUUGCUGAGGGGGGAGUAGGUGGAGAAUACUAUGGUAGAAUUGAUGGGUAUAUCGGUAAAUGGGAACUUGUCAAGUCAAUCCACAUUCCAUCGGUUGUUAAUGAGCCUUGUGUGCGUGGUUUAGUCAGUGAUGAUGAGAUAUGUGUGCAAGACGUAGAUAACAAUGACAUGUAUAUUACAAACAUCAACACUCAACACACAGAGAAAGUCAUUGAUGGAGGUGUGUGGAUUACAUCAUGUGCGCCCAUAGACAGUAACGUAAUAGUAUGUGGUAAGAGGAGAGGUGAAUGCACGGGUGACAGGUUGGAUGGAUGCAUCACUCUCUAUGAUAGACAGAGGAAGGUGAUUAGAGACAUCAGCAUACCAAGGAAUGGAGACGGUAAGAGUGUGUAUGUUGAUGUUGACAGGGAUGGGAUGAUCAUCGCUGGUCAGUUCAAUCAGUCUAAUAUCUACAUCAUCAAUCCUGCUGAUGAUAAGAUAGUAAACACUAUUACGACGCAGGGUAAGAAGGUGUGGGAUGGGAUACAAGCCUUGUCAUCAGGUGAUAUCGUUGUGGAGACAGGUAUUGGUGAAUACACUGUCAUCUCACGAUCAGGAGAAGAGAAGGCUGUCAUACACGGUAAUAAGUGGUACGGCCCACAGUGUCGCGUUGACAAACUGACAGACACACUCUACAUCACGUACAGGGAUGCAUUUCGUAAUCCCAUCGCAGUUGAUCAGGUGUCACGUGAUGGUAUCAUCCAGGCAAGGAGGAUCGUGGAAUACGUGAAAUCAGAUCGCUCUCCACUUAUCAGCCUUUGUCUCGUUACUCCUUCUGGUAACCUUGUAGGAUGUGAUAGGGACAAACUUCAUCUUUACAAGAAGACAUUCAUUUUGUAAAUGAUCAAGUAUUUCAAUGAAUGAUUAAAAAUUAAUAUAAACGAUAUACUUAUUUCAAAUUUUACUUUCAUUUUAAUUCACGUCCCCCAACAUGAAUACAUUCAUAAUGCGCGUGUUGACGGUGUGAAUGUUGUAUCAAUAUACAGGUGCAACGUAUUGGAGUGUUGUAAUAAACUUGCCAUCGAUUGCAGGUCAAUUUUUGUUUUCAAAAUUAAUUGAAAGUCGUGCAUUUAAUUGAAAAUUUGCAAUUGAUUGUUGGCAGUGGCGUACCUAGGAUUUUCCAAAUUG